GGGAGGGGGCUGGGAACAGAGCAGGAAGCCAGGCCGCGGGCCGAGGAGGCAGCGGGGCCCCUUGCUGGAAAGGCAAACAGGAAGGACUGCCCCCUGAGCUCGGGGCUCUGGCUAGGGACUCGCCGCCGCCGCCGCGGCAGAGCUGCAGCUGCGGGCCCAGGGUAAGCAGGCGAGCAGGAGCGGGCGGCCGGGGCAGAGUUGGGAGGGUCCCCGCACCCGGGGCUCCUCGCUCGCCGCCUCCGGGGCGUCCGCCGCCCUCUCUUCCUCCGCCGCGGCGGGCUAGUCUGCAGCCGCCGGGAUGAAGGCGGGCUCGGGGGAUCAGGGGAGCCCCCCGUGCUUCCUGCGCUUUCCGCGGCCCGUGCGGGUGGUGAGCGGCGCCGAGGCCGAACUCAAGUGCGUGGUCCUGGGGGAGCCGCCGCCCAUUGUCGUGUGGGAGAAGGGCGGCCAGCAGCUGGCGGCCUCCGAGCGCCUGAGCUUCCCGGCGGACGGCGCCGAGCACGGCCUGCUGCUGAGCGGCGCGCUACCCACCGACGCCGGGGUCUACGUGUGCCGCGCCCGCAAUGCCGCCGGCGAGGCCUACGCCGCGGCCGCCGUCACUGUGCUGGAGCCGCCCGCGCCCGAGCCCGAGCCGCCGCUCGCCGAGCGCCCGCUGCCGCCGCCGGGGGCCGGGGAGGGCGCCCCGGUGUUCCUGACGGGGCCCCGAUCCCAGUGGGUGCUGCGGGGGGCGGAGGUGGUGCUGACGUGCCAGGUGGGGGGCCUCCCCGAGCCCACGCUGUACUGGGAGAAGGACGGGAUGGCCCUGGACGAAGUGUGGGACAGCAGCCACUUCGCGCUGGAGCGGGGCUGCGCCGAGGGUGGUCAGGGCGCGAGCCUGGCGCUGCGCAUCCUGGCGGCGCGGCUGCCGGACUCGGGCGUCUACGUGUGCCACGCCCGCAACGCGCACGGCCACGCGCAGGCCGGCGCGCUGCUCCAGGUGCACCAGCCCCCCGAGAGCCCUCCUCCGGAGGGAGCCGACGAGGAGCCCGCGCCCGUGGUGGAGCCGCUCAAGUGCGCGCCCAAGACCUUCUGGGUGAACGAGGGCAAGCACGCCAAGUUCCGCUGCUACGUGAUGGGCAAGCCCGAGCCCGAGAUCGAGUGGCACUGGGAGGGCCGCCCCCUGCUCCCGGACCGCCGCCGCCUCAUGUACCGCGACCGCGACGGCGGCUUUGUGCUCAAGGUGCUCUACUGCCAGGCCAAAGACCGCGGGCUGUACGUCUGCGCGGCGCGCAACUCGGCGGGCCAGACGCUCAGCGCCGUUCAGCUGCACGUCAAAGAGCCCCGCCUCCGCUUCACGAGACCGCUGCAGGAUGUGGAGGGCCGGGAGCAUGGGAUUGCGGUGUUGGAGUGUAAAGUCCCCAACUCCCGCAUCCCCACGGCCUGGUUCCGCGAGGACCAGCGGCUGCUGCCCUGCCGCAAGUACGAGCAGAUCGAGGAGGGCACAGUGCGCCGCCUCAUCAUCCACAGGCUGAAAGCAGAUGACGAUGGCGUGUACCUGUGCGAGAUGCGCGGCCGGGUGCGCACGGUGGCCAACGUGACGGUCAAAGGGCCCAUCCUGAAGCGGCUGCCCCGGAAACUCGACGUCCUGGAGGGCGAGAACGCGGUGCUGCUGGUGGAGACGAGAGAGGCUGGGGUGGAGGGGCGCUGGAGCCGCGAUGGGGAGGAGCUACCAGCCACCUGCCAGAGCAGCUGUGGCCACAUGCAUGCCCUGGUGCUUCCGGGGGUCACCCGGGAAGAUGCUGGCGAGGUCACCUUCAGUCUGGGCAACUCCCGGACCACCACUCUGCUCAGAGUCAAAUGCGUCAAGCACAGCCCUCCGGGCCCGCCCGUCUUGGCUGAGAUGUUCAAGGGCCACAAGAACACGGUGCUGCUGACCUGGAAGCCUCCGGAGCCAGCCCCCGAGACGCCCUUCAUCUACCGGCUGGAGCGGCAGGAGGUGGGCUCCGAAGACUGGAUCCAGUGCUUCAGCAUCGAGAAGGCUGGAGCCGUGGAGGUGCCGGGGGACUGCGUGCCCUCGGAGGGUGACUACCGGUUCCGGGUCUGCACCGUCAGCGAACACGGCCGCAGUCCCCACGUGGUGUUCCACGGUUCCGCUCACCUCGUGCCUACAGCUCGCCUGGUGGCAGGUCUGGAAGACGUGCAGGUGUAUGACGGGGAAGACGCCGUCUUCUCCCUGGAUCUCUCGACCAUCAUCCAGGGCACCUGGUUCCUUAAUGGGGAAGAGCUCAAGGCUAACGAGCCGGAGGGCCAGGUGGAGCCCGGUGCCCUGCGCUACCGCAUGGAGCAGAAGGGCCUGCAGCACCGACUCAUCCUGCGUGCCGUCAAGCACCAGGACAGCGGCGCCCUGGUGGGCUUCAGCUGUCCGGGUGUGCAGGACUCGGCCGCCCUCACCAUCCAAGAGAGCCCCGUGCACAUCCUGAGCCCCCAGGAGAAGGUGUCGUUGACCUUCACGACCUCCGAGCGGGUGGUGCUGACCUGUGAGCUCUCCAGGGCGGACUUCCCGGCCACCUGGUACAAAGAGGGGCAGAAGGUGGAAGAGAGCGAGUCGCUGGUGGUGAAGAUGGAUGGGCGCAAACACCGCCUCAUCUUGCCUGAGGCCAAAGUCGUGGACAGCGGCGAGUUUGAGUGCAGAACGGAAGGGGUCUCAGCCUUCUUCAGCCUCACUGUCCAAGAUCCCCCGGUGCACAUCGUGGACCCCCGGGAGCACGUGUUUGUCCACGCCAUAACCUCCGAGUGCGUGAUGCUGACCUGUGAGGUGGACCAAGAGGAUGCCCCCGUGCGCUGGUACAAGGACGGGCAGGAGGUGGAGGAGAGCGACUUUGUGGUGCUGGAGACCGAAGGGCCCCGUCGCCGCCUGGUGCUGCCCGCCGCCCAGCCGCCAGACGGGGGCGAGUUUCAGUGUGUGGCUGGAGAGGAGCGGGCCUACUUCACUGUCACCAUCACAGAUGUCUCCUCAUGGAUCGUGUACCCCAGCGGCAAGGUGUACGUGGCCGCCGUGCGCCUGGAGCGCGUGGUGCUGACCUGCGAGCUGUGCCGGCCCUGGGCCGAGGUGCGCUGGACCAAGGACGGCGAGGAGGUGGUGGAGAGCCCGGCCUUGCUCCUGCAGAAGGAGGACACCGUGCGCCGCCUGGUGCUGCCUGCCGUCCAGCUUGAGGACUCUGGCGAGUACCGGUGUGAAAUCGACGACGAGUCGGCCUCCUUCACCGUCACCGUCACAGAGCCCCCCGUGCGGAUCAUCUACCCCCGGGAUGAGGUGACCUUGAUCGCCGUGAGCUUGGAGUGUGUGGUGCUGAUGUGUGAGCUGUCGCGGGAGGACGCCCCCGUGCGCUGGUACAAGGAUGGCCUGGAGGUGGAGGAGAGCGAGGCCCUGGUGCUGGAGAGUGACGGGCCCCGCCGCCGCCUGGUGCUACCCGCGGCCCAGCCCAAGGAUGGGGGCGAGUUCGUGUGCGACGCCGGAGAUGACUCCGCCUUCUUCACCGUCACUGUCACAGCCCCACCAGAGAGGAUCGUGCACCCCGCAGCCCGCUCCCUGGAUCUGCAGUUCGGGGCUCCAGGGCGUGUGGAGCUGCGCUGCGAGGUGGCCCCAGCUGGGUCCCAGGUGCGCUGGUACAAGGAUGGGCUGGAGGUAGAGGCAUCGGACGCCCUGCAGCUGGGCGCCGAGGGGCCUGCCCGCACCCUGACCCUGCCCCACGCCCAACCUGAGGAUGCUGGGGAGUAUGUGUGUGAGACCCGCGAUGAAGCUGUCACCUUCAAUGUCAGCCUGGCCGAGCCCCCAGUGCAGUUCCUGGCGCCAGAGGCAGCCCCUAGCCCGCUCCACGUGGCUCCUGGGGAGCCGGUGGUGCUGAGCUGUGAGCUGUCCCGGGCGGGCGCACCCGUGUUCUGGAGCCACAAUGAGAAGCCAGUGCAGGAGGGCGAGGGCGUGGAGCUCCGAGCCGAGGGCCCCCGCCGUGCCCUCUGCAUUUCGGCUGCAGACCUAGCCCACACAGGCCUGUACACCUGCCAGUGUGGGGCAGAGCCAGGAGCCCCCAGCCUCAGCUUCACCGUCCAGGUAGCGGAGCCCCCCGUGCGGGUGGUGGCCCCCGAGGCAGCCCAGACGAGGGUUCGGAGCACCCCAGGUGGGGACCUUGAGCUGGUGGUGCACCUCUCUGGGCCGGGGGGCCCCGUGCGCUGGUACAAGGACGGGGAGCGACUGGCGAGCCAGGGGCGGGUGCAGCUGGAGCAGGCCGGGGCCAGGCAGGUGCUGCGGGUGCGGGGGGCACGGAGCGGGGACGCUGGGGAGUACCUGUGCGACGCACCCCAGGACAGCCGCAUCUUCCUCGUCAGUGUGGAAGAGCCACCGCCGGUGAAGCUGGUCUCCGAGCUGACGCCACUAACUGUCCAUGAGGGUGACGAUGCCACCUUCCGCUGCGAAGUCUCGCCACCGGAGGCUGACGUCACGUGGCUGCGUAACGGAGCCGUGGUCACCCCAGGGCCCCAGCUGCAGGUGGCCCAGAACGGGUCAAGCCGCUCGCUCACCGUGCGAGGCUGCCGGCUCCAGGACGCGGGGACUGUGACUGCACGGGCAGGGGCCACGACCACCAGUGCCCGGCUCCAUGUUCGAGAGACAGAGCUGCUGUUCCUGCGGCGGCUGCAGGACGUGCGGGCAGAGGAAGGCCAGGACGUGUGCCUCGAAGUGGAGACAGGCCGCGUGGGCGCGGCAGGGGCCGUGCGCUGGGUGCGAGGCGGGGAGCCCCUGCCCCUCGACUCUCGCCUGUGCGUGGCCCAGGAUGGCCACAUCCACCGCCUCUUCAUCCGCGGGGUCGUGCUGGCUGACCAGGGCACCUACGGCUGUGAGAGCCACCACGAUCGCACCCUGGCCAGGCUCAGCGUAAGGCCGAGGCAGCUGAGGGCACUGCGGCCUCUGGAGGAUGUGACCGUGAGCGAGGGAGGCAGUGCCACCUUCCAGCUGGAGCUGUCCCAGGAGGGCGUGACUGGGGAGUGGGCCCGGGGUGGAGUCCGGCUGCAGCCGGGGCCCAAGUGCCACAUCGACACUGAGGGGCGCACCCACCGCCUGGCGCUCAGCGGCCUGGGCCUGGCCGACUCCGGCUGUGUCUCCUUCACGGCGGAUUCUCUGCGCUGCGCGGCCAGACUCACCGUGAGAGAGAUCCCAGUGACCUUUGUGCGGGGGCCACAGGACCUAGAGGUGAUGGAGGGUGACACAGCUACGUUGGAGUGUGAACUCUCCCAGACCUUGGCUGAUGUCACUUGGAAGAAGGAUGGGCGCGCGCUCACCGCCAGCCCUCGGCUCAGGCUCCAAGCCCUGGGCACGCGCCGUCUUCUACAGCUGCGGCGCUGCAGCCCCUCGGACGCUGGGACCUACAGCUGCGAGGUGGGAACGGCUCGCGCCGGGCCCGCCCGCCUGACCGUGCGCGAGCGCACAGUGUCGGUGCUCCGCGAGCUCCGGGCCGUGCGUGCCCGCGAAGGUGACGGCGCCACAUUGGAGUGCACGGUGUCGGAGGCCGAGACCACGGGAAGUUGGGAACUCGGAGGCCGCCCGCUGAGACCCGGAGGCCGCGUUCGCAUCCGACAGGAAGGAAAGAAGCACAUCCUGGUGCUGAGCGAACUGCGCACAGAGGACGCCGGCGAAGUCCGCUUCCAGGCGGGUCCCGCCCAGUCCUUGGCUCUGCUGGAGGUGGAGGCCUUGCCUCUCCAGAUGUGCCGCCGCCCCCCGCGCGAGAAGACGGUUCUGGUCGGCCGCCGGGCGGUGCUGGAGGUGACUGUGUCCCGCUCCGGGGCCCACGUGUGCUGGUCGCGGGAGGGGACCGAGCUGUGCCCGGGAGACAAGUACGAGAUGCGCAGCCACGGCCCCACCCACAGCCUGGUCAUCCGUGACGUGCGACCUGAGGACCAGGGCACCUACUGCUGCCAGGCGGGCCAGGACAGCGCGCACACACGGCUGCUGGUCGAGGGUAAUUAGGAGACAGAAGCGAAGGCCAGGCGGGUGCCCUCGGACAGCUUGGAAGGUGUGCCCUCCGCACUUCAGGGUCCGGGGGUGGG